AUGGCUACCGUGAGCAACCCAGCAAAUAUGGAACCCGAACUUUCGAAGGACAAAUUUUUUGAAGAUCCUGAACCAGUACCUUACUACAGCCUUCAAACAGUUGGUAAACCUCAACAUCCAAACAUUGGUUCCGCAGCAUUGACUGAUUUUGAACCCCUUAAUAAGCAACGAUUACUUGGUCGCUCCAGCGAAGCAGUGGAGCGACUGUGA